AAAGAAGGGGGCAAAGGCAAAUACCAUAUUGCUCGCUUUCUCUUUCCCUCUCUUGAACAAUUCCGAUCACCGGGCGAGACUUCCGGAAAAGCCCUGCAGCCACUCAUUAAUUUACGGUAAAACCCAGCAAUGGAUUCUCCAGAAACCGCCGACAAGGAGGAAGAGGGCAAGCAGGUUCGGCGCAAUGCGUGGUUGCGCUGCUCUGUUUCCCUUCUCUUCUCUCUCGUUGCUCUAUUGUCGUUGGCGUUUAUGCUAGGUUUCCUAGCAGUUUUUUCCGGCGAUUUAUGGGUGCGCAAUCCGAUCUCUGUUCCCUCCCAGUGCAAGAUAGUCUCUAACAGUGUGGAUCUUAGAUCAUCUAAGGUCUGCGAUCUUGGCUUGUUAAAUUAUAAAGCAACAGAUGUGUUUUACCCCUUUGAAAGAAAGAAAUUUCGAUGCCAUUAUGAUUACUAUUGGGCUUCCAUAUUCAAGGUUGAAUACAAAGACCGUUUGGGUCAGACUCGACUCGCACUUGUAGAGGAGCCAAAUGAAGCCCUGUCCCCUCAUUGUAGACCUACUUUUGGUGUUGCAUGGUUGACGAAAGAUAAGUUCAAGGUGAAUGAAACUUACAACUGCUGGUAUACAUUUGGCCUUUCCAAAGUAAAUAUUUAUCAUGACAGUUUUUUUAAUUGCCAAGCAAAAAGUCCAUCUACUGUUGAGAUGCUCAGACAAUGUCUCAUCCUAUACAUGAGGAUAGUAGAAACCUGGUAUGCUAGGAGGGAAAGAGCAUGGUACUGGAAGUGGGAAGCAGUUGCUGGUGUUGUAAUGGGGUUCUCAACUUCCUUGAUCUCCAUGGCGUUGAUUAAAAUCCUCCAACAAGCUAAAUCUUGUUUGCCCCAUGGUGCUGCAGUCAGGCUCAGGCCUUUGGCUUCCCAUGCAGAGCGCCUAAAGCAUGCUUGUCUUUUUGUAGCAUACUUCUCCUUCAUAGGUUGGUUGACCAUCCAAUAUGGAAAAAUGUUCGGCUUCCCGGGUAUUGCUGGAGUACGCUGAUACAAAGCAGAAGGCUUGUUUUGUUUGUAGCAUACUUCUUUCUUAUGGGUUGGUUGGCCAUCCGUUAUAGAAAAGGGUCACCUCCCACAUAUUUUCCAGAGUGCAGUAAUACAAAGCAGCAUUUUUUUCUUUUUUGGUAAUAGUGCUGGUUGCCGAUGUAAUUGGAAAUGGGUAACUUCUGGAACUACAAUGAGAAACAAAUGCAACCUUAUUGUGCAAAGUGUGCUUCUGUGUGGGUACCUUGAUAUACCUUGUCAUACCAUUUAGUGCAAAAGCAUGUAGUCUGUAACAAGAAAUCUUUGCAGUUUGGUGAAUUGAUUGUCUUACUGAGAGUUGUAACUUUAGGAAGAUUAGCAUAUCAUGAUUGUGAGCAACUCAGCAUUUCUUCUGCUGGUGUAAAAUCUUACUCUUGGCUAUAUGGAAAGCAUCUGUUAU